UGAUUAAACAAACACCACAAAACACGCCACAAACUUUCCAGGAGUAAACUGUUGGAACUUGCAGAAUGGCAGGUGCCAAUCAAAUGGUUGCUAGACAACCAAAAAGGCAAGUGCUAUAAAACUUAGGCAGGCAUGUGUCUUAUCUUACUACUUGGUCAGUACCUCCGUGAGAUAGGAGAUACACUUGUGUAAAACAGAAUGCUUUGGAAAACAACUUAAUCUAGCAACACUUCAAGAGAUCAGUCCAGGACCAAUUUUUAAUUAAUCAGACAGCAAGAACAGUCCAGAAACAAGAAAUUCAUGUGCUGUGGAAACAGAUAAGUUAUUUAUGAUGCUGUGGAUGUUUGUGAUGCUGCUGUGGUCAGCAACAGUGAGUGGACAAGACUGCCCAGCCAGUGCCCCCUGCACCUGUCACCAACCAAGUUCACAUGACCAGUGGUCACUCAUUGACUGCAGUCAUCAGUGGCUGGGUCCAGAAGUCCCAUCCUUCCAACAGUCUCAAUAUGACAUCGAGGCUCUGGAUCUCAGCAACAACUUCAUUUUGCAAAUCCAAUCCCAUGCAUUUUGGAAUGUUCGUCGUGUGCGACGUCUGCUGUUACAACACAAUGAGAUAUCACAGGUGGCUCAAGACAGCCUGUCCAAUUUAGAAUCACUUACUUUACUGGAUGUAUCAAAUAACCAUUUGACCAGCAUACCAUCUUUAAAUGAUAUGUCACAGAGCCAAUGGACACUUAAUCUGUCUUAUAAUCUAUUGACCGAGGUGUCCAUUGGGGCUUUUCUAUCGUCCAAUCAACUAAAAAACUUAGACCUAAGUUUUAAUCGCAUAACUGCACUGCCUUCUCACGUCUUCGAUGGGCUGCAGUUUACUUUAGAAGUGCUAAACAUAUCUGGAAAUAAGUUGCAAGCCAUCCCCAUUGAAGCUCUUCAACAAAUGUAUCGCCUGCGCCAUUUAUCUGUGGGACAAAACAAAAUUCACUCACUAGAUGGAGCCACUGUUGGUAUCCCAUUUACUGGGCUAUUAUCAUUUGAUGUAUCAAGCAACAAACUAGCUUCCUUACCCGAAGGUGCAUUUAACAACUGGGCACACAUAACAACACUUAAUUUAAAGAAUAACAGUAUCACAUCAUUGCCAAUAAACAUCUUUGCUCAUGCUGUCUCAUUGGAGGCCAUUUAUCUAUCCCAUAAUAAUAUCACGGGUCUUGAGGGAGGCAUGUUUCAGAAUCUCUCCAAACUUCAGUAUUUGGACCUCAGAGUAAAUCCAAUCCAAUGUGACUGUCAGUUGGUUUGGACUUGGACAACUGGACAUAUAGUGGACAUAGGUCAGUGUGAAUCAAGUCAGAGAAAGAUCCCCCUGCAGGACUUUGCCCAAAAAUGCACCACUUUUUCUCAGGCUUCUGCCAAUAUGACAGAGAAAAACCCUCAACAUACAAAAACAACAGUAGUAUUCACAAGAACAAUUCAGUCACAAACUCUGGGAAAAAAUGGUGAACAGAUUCAAACAUCAACAACCAAGAUUCCUUCCACAGCAAGGGGUUUUAAAACGAAAAACACCUUGGUGACAAACACUGCCUCCUCUGUGAUUGCUUACUCAACAGAGGGCAUUCAUUCUGCCACAGAUUUUAUAAAUACGAGGCACACAACUCAGAUGCCACCAGCGUUGCCCAGCAGUCGAGUCUCACCCUGGGAUAAUGUAAUUACAAUAGUGUUACCGAUAAUUGCCGCACUUGUCACUAUUGCCCUAAUUGUAUUUGGAUUGAUUAUUUAUCGAAGAAAAAGAAACAUGAAAAAGAAUUUUCAUGCCGUGAGGUACCAGGUUGGGAGAGAGACUUGUGCAGGCUGUGGACAAGGUGGCAUAUUUAUGCCCGACUCUCAACCCCUGACAUCAAAUAAUAAUGGCUGCCAUGUUGCAAAUGGUUUUCAUGAAGUGACAUGAGGAUCUAAUGAAAAUGCUAGCGACCUUAAGGAUAAUUUUUGAACACAUUUUUGCCUUUCAUCUCAUGAUUUAUGCUAUUUAGAAUGUUUUUGCUAAUGAGAAUGUUUUCCUAAUGAAAGUUUUUUGUGAAAUUCUUGAACAAGAUUUUCAUUUUCAUAUCGUAAAAAUUGAAGAAUUUGUGGGAUUUCAAAGAUCUAUUAUGUAUAUAUCUGGUUGAUUGAAAACAGGAAGGAGAUAAUUCGCUAUGUUACCUUGGCUUUACCAAAUGAACCAAUAUUUAACAACCAAGGAAAAUGUGUGAGUGGAUUUUAAAAUGAACAAUUAAACCAAUUUUGAAAGAAACAAUUUACCACAAUGUUUAACAUUUCCUUUUUUGUAAUUAUUUUGAAUUCAUCUGAACUAAGACAUCCAUUGUUUUCAUGACAAGAGCUGUUGUAACUGUCAUACAAAACUUAAAUACCCAUAUGUAUAUACAAAGAUGAAUGUUCAACAGCAUCAAAAGUAUGUUUACAUCAUUUUUCCUGGAUAUGAAAAAAUAAAAUGUAUAUACUCAAAAGAAAAUGGUGGGUUAUUACACAGUGACUUCAAAUGAAGUUUGUUU